UGGUAUUAUAAAGACACCUACCCACAACACCCCCUUUCUCCAAUUCCUCUCACUCACCACAACAACUCCUUUUUUUACCUCUUCACAUUCUCCGUUUCACAGGGUUUUGAUCAUGUUGGGGAAGAGGCCCCGGCCAAUGAUCGGAAAGUUGUCGGAGUUGUUGGUCUCGAGAGGCCGCACGGUGGCAUAUUUGGACACCACCGGAAGCCCUAGAGGCCCAUUAGACAUGAAGAUGAUGCAAUCAUCACCAAGAGGCUUAAAAAACUAUGAUCUUGGUGGUGUUGGUCUUGGAAUUGUAGUGGCUCUUGAUAAAUCCAACGAGGUUGCUGCACGUGAAGUUUUGCCCAAACACGCCGUUUGCACCUCCAAUUUGAACCGGUCCGGCCCAAUCCCGGUUCACUACACCAAAAACCCAGAUGAAUUUGAUGUGGAGGAAUACACCUAUGUGACAUGCCACGUACCUAACAAAACGUUCACUAAGGUAUACUAUGAUGGUGGUGAAGGUGAAAUUCGGAGACAUUACAACAACAGCAACGUUGGAGUUCUCAGAAGAACCGCACCACAACCUUUGAUUGUUGAGGCCGAAUCAUCGUACCCCACAUCGAAUUUUCUCAGUUCAUGUCACUUAUGCGGAAAGAAACUCCACGGCAAAGACAUAUACAUGUACAGAGGAGAGAAAGCGUUUUGUAGCCCAGAGUGUCGUUCGAGUCAAAUAAUGAUGGACGAACGGAAGGAACGGUGUAGGUCAGAAGCUUCAAGGUCUGUGGAAAUGUCAAGCUCGCCAUAUGCAAGGGAACAGAUAUUUUCAACUGGGAUUCUUGCGCUUUAGCGUUACUCUCUGGGUGCGGAAAUAAAUUAAUUCACCAGAGAUUGAUGAGUCUAAGCUAUGAAUAAUAUACCUAUAGCUACUACGUAUAUACAUAAUAAUAAUAAUAUACGGCUAUACUAUUAUUGACUAUCUGGAAUUAAUAGUAUAUGAGAGUUAAUUAAGACAGCUUGAUUGGAAACAACAAAGAAAAGUUUUGAUCGGCUAAAGGGGUAGACAUUCUGAUGUAUUUUUGUAUUACCAAGAAGGCAAAGAGUUAUGAAUUUUCAGAUCUCAGUUGCACACAUUAAAGUUUGUUCUGUUUCUGAGUUCUGUUUCAAAGAUCAUAGAUUAACUCAGAC